AUGGCCUAUUUCUCAAGCCCAAGGCCACAGUCCUCAAGUUCCGCCAUCAAGAUUGUCAAUCCGGCAGAACAUGAUGAUAAGGCUAAAUUUCAGGCCAAGAGAGAUUCUCCUCAGCGUCAAUGUAGGAAUAUAUUGAUUUAUGGAUCUUGUCGUUAUCAAGACAAAGGUUGUAUCUAUUAUCAUCCAGCGGUAUGUGCAGUCCAAAGUAGUCCAGAAUCACCUCUUCCUGUUUCACUUUCUGCGCAGGCCGUCAACGCUCCCGUGUUUGUGCCAAAAGCGCCUUUUCACGCCAUUGCAUCUCCUUCUCCGACUUCGGCGUCAUCAUUCACUCCUUCUCCUUCGCCUUCAACCUUUUAUCCAAAUCACGCCGAAUACGAUGAUUAUGGUGACGCUGUUUCCAAUCAGACACCUCAAACAUUGGAGCAUCAAUUAAUUGAUCAGUAUCAGCUUGUGCGAAUAUAUCCUUAUAUGCUUUCACUACGCUUAUAUCUACUUCAGGUGGAUUAUGACGACCAUGCCUCACCGAUGGGCAAUUUCUAUCAAUCUCAACAGGCUACGUUUGUAAGGCAACCUUUGGAUUAUCAUCUCUACUCGCACCCUACUCCGGAUGCCUUUCCCUCGACGCAUUUUGUCUCUGAUGCAAUUCGCGAGGAGCUGCACAAACGUUCGGAAGCCUCGCAGCUGAUCCCACUACCUGGACAUAAUCUACCUGACGAACUUCAGGGGUAUCAUUCCCUAUCUCUCCUUGAACCUGCUGUCACAGAGCGACGCAAGUUUUUCAGUUGGUACUCUACUGUCUAUCGUGCAACUAGUUCCAACGAUGGUGUAUCAUAUGCUCUUCGUCGCGUCGAAAAUUUCAGGUUGAUGCACCAAGCUGCGUUUGGAGCUAUCGAAACGUGGUCACGCAUUGAGCAUCCAAGUAUUGUUCGUGUCCGCGAAGCAUUUACUACUCGUGCAUUCAACGACAAUUCUUUGGUGGUUGCGUAUGAAUACUAUCCGAAUGCUCAGACUCUCUUUGAAAUGCACAUCAAACAGAAGCCGCUGGUAUUUCAGCAUGGCCGCCUUUCAGCCUUCUCGUCAGCAUUACCUGAGGCGACUUUAUGGUCGUACAUGAUCCAAAUUGCUAGCGCCAUCAAAGUAGUGCAUGAAGCGGGCCUGGCAGUACGCAUGGUUGACGCAACCAAAAUCAUAGUCACUGGCAAGAACAGAAUUCGCAUUGGUUCCUGUGGCAUUGUAGACGUUCUGAUGUACGAUCCCCGCCAAGACCCUGCGAUCGCCCAACAAGACGACCUCGCAAUGUUUGGCCAUCUUGUGUUUGCUCUCUGCUGUAAUAAUCUUGCAGCUAUGAACACACUUCCUAAAGCACUUGACAUGAUAGGUCGCCUGUACUCUGCUGAUGUGAAGGCUCUUGCUCUUUAUCUGAUAUCUAAACCCGGUCCACACAAGAAUAUCACACAAGUAAUCGACAUGAUCGGAACAAAUCGAUUACUCCACGAAAGGGACGAUAUGCACAGUUCCGUCAAUAGGCUUGAAGCUGAGCUCAUGAGUGAACUCGAAAAUGGGCGCCUGAUUCGCCUUCUUUGCAAAUUUGGUUUUAUUAAUGAACGACCUGUGUUUGCCCGUGAGCCUCGCUGGUCCGAAACAGGCGACAGAUACAUCAUCAGGCUAUUCCGAGACUACGUCUUUCAUCAAGUGGACGAGAACGGUAACCCAGUCAUCAAUCUUUCGCAUGUCUUAGCUUGUUUGAAUAAGCUCGACGCCGGCACAGACGAGCGUAUUAUGCUCGUUUCCCGCGAUGAACAAAGCUGUCUUGUUGUGAGCUACAAAGAUGUGAAGGCCUGCAUCGAUGCUGCUUUU